UCGUGAAUCUUUACCUUCCUCAUAUAAGCAGCGCCAUAAUUGUUACCUUUGCUAUCUCUUGUAGGGCGUCAUGAUACGUCCUGCCGGUUGUUUGCUCUGUUCCCGAUAAUCAAGAAACAGACGGAAUGAGUUCCAGCUUUACUCGUUUGGAUACCAUCGCUAGAUUAUUAGUCUUCGGACUGAAGCUGGCGACUGGAUCUCGGUCACACGAUGUCGUCGCACAAGUCUGAUGGUGGCCGAAUACCCCGGCUGAAGGAUGUCGCGUCUCAAUCCCGAAAUGUAUCGUCGACCGGGAUGACUUCAGUGCAUUCCUCGAACUCUGCUGCCCAAUUAUUACACCGUCCCCGGAUACCCAGGUCGAAUAAUGCUUCGACCAGGAAUAGCAGAACAUCAUCUUCUUCGGAUGCAGGAGAUAGUCGUCAUGCCUCUGCGUCUUCGAACACGUCGAGAAUCCCGACUGGGUCCAUGGUUCGUCCGCCCUUAUCCUCGCAAGGGACGAUCCACCCAUCUCCGCCGUAUUCAACCCCGGACCUAAUGGCAGAUCGUCGUGUACCACAGGUCUCCCACAUGGUUGCCGAACCCCUGAGUCCCGCGGGAUUAGAACCACAAACUCCCGGUCCAGGUCGACUUCGGAAUGUUCUUCGAAGAAAACCGCCCACAAUUGGUCAGCAUAGUGCACAGACUAGACCAAUGCCGGACAGAAUCAAGUCUCAGAAGCUGAAUGUCAUUAUUCCUGAGCAACCUCCCAUUGGUCGUUCGACCACGACCCUAUCUCAGACCGCGCCAAGUAAUACUAGUCUGAUCGGACAGCUUCCAUCACCAAUGGCAUCGCAAGAGAUCUUCCCCAGCAGCGUAUCGGACUCGAAAGCUGAUAAUGGUCCAAAGGAGUUCGCCAGUCUUAGGACCGCCACGAUCAAUACGCAGAACCUCCCACCCCCAACUCCACUAAUUCCUUCUGCCAGCAGCCCCUCGACGAGGUACUCUGAGUCUCCCGGAAUGUGGAGUAGGACGUCCACACCGACUACAUUAUCUUCGUACUCACCAGGAAUUUCAAUACCUCCCAAAGGUCCUCGUAUGAGACAACCGAGCCCAUCUCAAAGCAGACUCCCUGUCUUCUCUCCCAAGUCGCAUCAACUGAGCUUAGUUGCUCCACAUACUGCCAUAGAUGCACCCAAACCAUCCACAAAGACAAACCUAAGCGGUUCACAUAGCGAUAACGAGCAUGGAGAGUCUAUUGGGAAGAUGAACAUGGCCAGGACACCGAAUGUGGCCAGUAGUAGCCUGCCGCGAAAGCUACCCAUGGGGACAAAUCCGAGCCUCUCUAGCGGAAACCAGCCUGACUACGAUAUACAGCCAGUUCUCCAAGCAAGACAAAAGAGCGAACCCAUGUCUCGUGGAGAAAGAGCGACCGGGAUGAAGAUUUCUGUCCAAAUACCCACGAGACCCAGCAGAGAAGGCACUCAUCAGUUGGUGCUGGAGCCAUCGCCAGUGAUUCGAAGCAAUAUAGCGCCUACGGCUUUGACAGGCCAUAGGCGCAGAAUCUCAACCGAUAGAUCUGCAGUAACUGAGGCAUCAGCGUCUUCAAGCUUGUCUGCAACUACGUCUGUAGACUCUCUGCAUUCGACAAUUUCUAUGCGAACCACCUCGCGCACUCCUACAUCGCCCGAACUUCUGCGGAGAACCCCUUGGCUACUGAGCAAGAGUCCCAAGCCGCAGCACGACGCCAUCAGUCCAGGCAAAUCCCGCAGCCUUGGUCUUUUCACCAAAAACUCCAAACCGGAGGUAGAGAAAGAAAAUGAAAAUCGAUCCAAUCGCAAAGGACCAGCUGCUGGAACAGGGCAUGAAGGUUACGGUAGGUAUUCACAACGAGGCCGCAAAUUGAGCACGACUAGCACGACCAGUCGAGAACGAUCAUCAAGCUCGGCGAGAAGUGGACCAAGGUCUGUUAUCAGCAAAGGAAGUACAAAAAGCCGCCCGGAGCUUGAGCUCGACGAUUUUUUGUUGGAGCGUCUCGAGCCUGUUAUCAUUCAUGGUGGUGGUAUGGAUGGCGUUGCUGCCGCUAUGAAAAGGCAGAGCGAGCAGAGCACAAGCGGCUUCAGUACAGGCACGAAUUCGAUUCUUACACAGCAGUCCAAGAUCUCUCCAUCCGCGAGUGGCUCCACGGAGACAUUGCCAUCUUCCAGAGCGACUUCGGUGACACUGGGUGACACAGUCCGGAGAGGCUCGAAAGGUCAAAAUAUUUCGAGCAUAUUAGCAUUUUCCGAGCUAGCGAGCAUGCCGAUCAAACCAUCAGAGCAGACGAUGGUUGGCAAUUCGCAGUCUGUUGUUCAGUCUAGUCCACAAAGUCGCAAACCUCAACCAUCAGACGACAGACGGGUAGAAGCUCAUGAGAAAAAAUCGGAUACGGCUCGUCCAAAUGUUGAGACUGCCGCCAGUUCUGGCCCCAAGCUUCAUGCUACGGUGUCUCCCCUAGCGGCUCGUCGGCCCAUUCCUUACUAUGCGCUACUGGACGUUGACUCGGACCCUCUUGAAGAGAUAGUCCACAACGUUGAGAACUCACCCCCAACUGAGGAUGAAGACAUUGUCUCCCCAGUCGAUGUGCCACCCGCAUUGGAACUACGGAACCCUACCGAAUCCAUCUUGCUGCCUUCGCCACCAAAAUUGCACGACAGUCUGUUUCGAGAUCAGAUCCAAUCUCCAAAAGUCUACUUUGACCAUAGCUUUGCGUCUCAGAACCCCGCGACUCAGAGCCCCGAGAGUAAGUUGGAGGUGAAACGUACCAGUCGCUUGACAUCCAUAGGUCGCAUUCCCCGGGUUGUCUCGAGAAGGGAGCGACCACACAAACCAGCUCUGCAGUCAUUUUCGAGACCGUUCAGCGUGGCAGACUCUCCAUCACUGCUGGCUCCAGUUGUUCCGAAGCCUUACGCGUUCUCCCCACCAAGUUCACAACCAUCUACGAUGCGACCACUCGAAUCUCCUCAAAAAGGUACCAUUUACGGAUUCGACCUUACUAACCCAUUUGGCGACCUAUUCCAAUUCAGCGUCCUGGAUUUCAUUGCCGGUCCCUAUGCAAAGGACGAAUUCAUGACUUUCUAUCCUAGAAAGGAAUCAGUAGUGUCGUCUUCAAGUGGCUCCGAAAGCCUCACAGCCAUCACUGCUGUGGUUCCAAGUCCUGGAGCAGAUUUAACAGAAGAUGAAGUUUGGGGAGAAUAUGAUGACCUCAUUGAUCAUGUUUUGUCGCCUCAGACAACAAGCACGUUAUUUUCGAUUGACUCGGAGACGGAUCGAAAUCUCGAGAUGGCGACAAUGGCCAGUAGAACACUUCAAGCGGGAUUGAAUGGCGAUCAGGCAACCCGCUUUUCUGGCUUGCUCGAUGGACCAAAGGUCGAGCUCACACCUUCUUCUCCCCUUUCUAGUCACGACUCAGUCGAACUUCGCAGGUCUACAGUUGCUGCCGAGAUCCGCACGUCAAUUGCUCCGUCCUCCCAGCCUUCCUUCAGUAGUAUAAUUGCUUGCUACUGUGAUAAUCAUGAGGACAAGAAAGAUACAACCGAGCGAGAAGUUGACAGCGUGACGGCAGUGCCUCCUGCGGAGCACCCGUCAGGCCUGCUUGGCUCUCCAGCAUUGGUCGCAUCUCCUAGUUUCGAGAAAUGCCGCCAGCGUAAUACUGUUUUAUUCGACAUCGCGGAACGUGAUCGUGAAGGGCCAACUGCUCUCACGAACAUACGGUCGGGCUCGCUCAUGACAAGUCGGUGGCUAUCGUUCGGAAGAGUUCUCUUCAGUCCCGGACAUAAUCGUGUCCAAAGCGGGGAUCAAGAGAGAAUCUUGGUUGUGGACGGAUUGGGAAAUGACGACUGGUCCUUCUACUGCGCAUUGACCUACCCCACUGCUAGCAUUUAUAGUCUCAACGAAGGGUUGAAUGCAGCUACGUUCAAGCACCCAGCAGCAUGGCAACCACCAUCGAAUCACCAUACAUUCUACCAGUCAACACUCAACGAACCAUUGCCCUUUCCGAAGGGCUAUUUUACUGUUACUGUUCUGCGCUUCCCUGCAGCUUGUGCAGAAAGCGCGCAAGCUAAGCUAGUGUCGGAGUGCAAGCGUGUCCUGCGUGCGGGGGGCUACCUUGAGAUGAGCAUCCUUGACCGUGAUAUGGUGAACAUGGGUCAUCGUACACGAAAAGCCCUGAGGACGCUGAAGGAGCGAACAUACGUAUCCGACCCGAACAUCAGUCUCAAGCCUGCCAGCGACAGCGUGCAGAAAAUGCUUGGAAAGUGUGGCUUCGACAACCUCCGACGGUGCAUGGUUCGUAUACCAGUGGCAGGGAUGAUCGUGAGAUCGUCAGCCUCCUCCACCUCGACCUCAUCCUCGAACCCAUCUUUGCUGGCUACCAUAGCCGGCUCUUCAAGCAAUAUAUCGGCCAAAAACAAAUCUUCCCAAGCUAUCUACCAGAAACUUCACGGGAAGUCAUCCUCGAAUGACACCGAUCUGUCUCUGGGGGACCUUCUAUCUGAUCCGCAUCCAUCGCCCUCCAACGACGAAUCUAUUCGCAAAAUCGUUGCUAAGGUAGGCAGGUGGUGGUACACGCGAUGCUAUGAGAUGCCCGUCCUCCCGAACGGCGAUGUUGCUCUCAGCAUGUGGUCGGACAGGAAGGUUAUCCGUGAGUGUCAACAACGCGGUACGGGCUUUCGUCUAUGGAUCGCAUAUGCUCAGAAACCUAGCGAGAAACGCCGAACAGCGAGUGUUUAGUGCAUGCUUGCAUUCUCGAAUGGUCACACGAAAACAUAACGAUGAUGAUGAUACAUACGAACGUUGACGAGGAAAAACAUAUAUCCAUUGCUCCAGUUUCACGAUCAUACCCACUGAUGAUUGAUUUCUUCUUCAUUUCGACUCGGAGUGAUCUUUUGAGGGCCUGGAAGACAAAAACGAAGGGAAAAGAACAGACUGACU